AUGAGUCUUCAUGUACGCCAUCGGUCCAGUUUAGCCCUUGUUGGAGGCGCAGUAGCUGGUAUUACACUUGUUGCGGCUGUCUCGUAUUUGUAUCGUCAUCGUGGGUCUUCGACAGGCGAGACUUCUUCAGACACACCCCAGCCUUCAAACCGGUUACGACGAUCAAGGCAUAUCCGUCGACGGAGACAAAUUCGAAGGCAAUUGGACCAAAUAGCUGAAGCACCAACGCCGACUCCUGGUUCCGAUUCAGAAGACGAAGCGGAAAGUAACCGACUACUGUCCCUGUUCAAGGAGUGGAGUGACGAUGACAGUAAAAACCUGCUAAACCUACUUUAUGCCAUUUCGGAUAAUCAAUCACGGAAAGAAGGAUUCAUCCACCGUGGUAUUACUUGUAAUAAAUGUAGUGUAUCACCUAUUCGCGGAGUACGAUACAAAUGUGCCAACUGCGUGGAUUUCGAUCUUUGCGAGAUGUGCGAAGGUGGCAAUAGUCACGCUAACACGCACGUUUUCUUGAAGAUUCGCAUACCCAUUCCGCCCCUGGCCAACCCUCGAAGCGCACUUUUGCCCAGUUUCUAUCCUGGGAAGAACCAUAAUCGCCCGGCAUUGACAGCAGAAAAGUUCCGUGAACUCCAAAGCAAAUCCCACUUUGACCAAGUGGAACUGGAAGCUUUGUAUGAGCAGUUCAAGUCACUAUCGACAGUGGAUAAGGAUGAAGGGGGCAUCAACAGGGAAACGUUUGAACAAUGUCUGGGCCCACUGGGAUUAGAGAAGAAUCUGAUCACCGAGCGGAUUUUCGCCUUUUUUGAUCAGGACCGUGAUGGUGUGAUCAAUUUCUCCGAGCUUGUCAGCGGUUUAAGCGUUCUAUGCAAAGGCAACUUAGACGAGAAAAUAGAAUAUGCAUUCAAAGGAUACGAUUUGGAUGAAGAUGGCUAUAUCUCUCGCGAUGAACUGUACUGCAUGUACAAGUCGUACUUUUACCUGUCGAUGGAAUUGGUGCGCGAUGUUGUCAGUGCCAUGGAAGACGAAAUGAUGGAUACGUUUGAGUUUUCCGCCUCGCAACCUGUCAGUGCCGCUUUCAAUGUGGCGAUGCCUCAGUCAUCUUCAGGUCGCAGUGACCAUGGAGGUGACCAAGCAGGAGACGCAGGAGGUCAAGAGUCGUCCCCAUCAAGGCAUCCGUAUCCCCUCAAGGAGGAUCAUUUUGCACAACAGUAUGCACAAGAAGCAACACAUGCCGAAUCUUCCUUCCACCACGACUCAGGGAUGGAUAAUGCAUACGAUAAACAAGGUCACGCCGAUUAUCCGUUCAGGAACGACGACCAUUCCAUGAUCCAUCGACGAAAAGACAAGCAACCCUUGGCCACAGCCAAUCCCAAACGGGUAUGGGAAGAAAAGUUCCCCAUCAUGGAAACCAUGUCACAAGACGCUAUCAAUGAAAUGGUGGACAAAACCUUCAAGAGUAUCGACACGCAACGUCCAGGUUAUAUCAGCUUUGAAGAGUUUAAACAAUGUGUACAGACCGAUGCCAGUAUUGUCAGUUGGUUUGAAGCCUUAGGAACUGUCUUUUGA